AUGUCCAGUGAUGAGUUGCCGCCCAUCAUUGAUACCCCCGUGCCACCGCGGCCUGCGCUCUAUGUCCCGCCCGAGGAGCGCGACCCGAGCGAUGAAUCACUCGCUUUUCUCAAACCGGGUAGCCCACUACAGCAUCUGACGCGCCGCAGCGAGGAGGUACAGCUCCCGGAAGGCCUUGAUCGGGCUCCGUCGAUUGCCGAGCGCCAACGGGCUGCCCCCAUCUACAUGGAUGCUGACGCUGCGAGAGUGCGCAGCACAAGCGUGCACGCUGGGCAGUCUCUUCUUCGAUCUUCUGGGAUCGACACGAGCGCGUACUACUACAGCGUUCCACAGGCACCGUCUGCUGCAGAGGGGGAUGUGUCAGCGGUCGGCGCACUGGAUGCAUCGCACCGUAGUCGCCUGCACAUCCUCCGGGAACACGCUCCCCACCGGGGAUCGGAAUCAACACCGCUCGGCGCCGACCUCACGGCUGGCGUCUUGAGCGGCGGUAGUGUUGGUGCAGGCAGUAGCUGUAGCACCGCAAAGGAGCGAAGCAUGUUCGCAGCGUCGCACGAGUUUGCUGCCGUAGAGAAGACACCGGAGGAGUUGGAAGACGAGAGGCAGCGGGCGGCCCCGAAACCCAUCGCCAAGCAGCUGGAGGCGGACAUCAAGAAGCUCGAGUACUACCAGGGUACCCCGCAGUACGAUAAGCUUCUCGCAGACUUCCGUUUCAAGUACAGUGCAGAGGGGACUGCGACGAAGGGCGCCAAAGGGCCCGUUUACACGGCGGAAGAGGUGAAGUGCGGCUUGGAGGGGCAGCCAAUCGAUUACCACCACAGUAGCACCAAGUUGCAGGCGGCACUGCUCUCUGGACCGCGUGCCUACGACCCUGUCACGAUCAUGCAACAGCAAGGCAUCUUGCGCUUCCAGGGCUAUGCGUUUCCGCCUACGGUGGAGCUCGGGAAAUUGAAGGGAGACGGUGAUGAGCUGAAGGCGCUGCACAACGCGCACAAGAGCCACUCUCUUGUCGCACAGGUGCGGCGUGGAAUGAAUGCGCUGGUUGGGCGCAAGGAUGCGUGUGAUGAUUACGUGGCGAUGGAGGACAAAUCGAAGGAGGAUACCCAUCUGCUGUACCGCACCUUGGGCCUCGAGGCGGUACAGCGGCGGCAGAUGCGCUACAUGCUGACUGAUUUCGAUUACGCAGACAGAAGCACCGCGUUUCAUGUCAUGAUGUCGUACCCGUACACAGACUGGCUCCACGUGUUUUACAUGGUGCUAGUAGGCUGCUGCUUGUAUCAGCUUCAGGUUCGGUGCGGCGCCUACGAGUUUUACGACGAGUAUCUGGGGCUUGACCUCCGCCAAGUGCCGCGGCUGCAGAAGCCGAUCCUGGCCGGCAUCACCGUUGUCGUCAUGAUCUUCUUCUUUUUCCAGCCUCUCUUGGUCGCCAGCAUUGCGACAACAAGAGCGUACCGGAUUGCAAUGAAACGCCCCAUCGGCCCUCCGUAG